AUGAAAGACGCACAGCGGGCUGUCGACAAGAUCGGCCUGGAGGAUGCAACGCCCUUCCGUAUGUGGAAGGACUAUGUGUUGAUCCGCGGCGUGCCCGGCGACUGGGCGGCAAAGCUGACAGACAGCGAGCUCGUGCGGUUGGCGGGCGAUGCCCAAGUGCAGGUCGAGGUCCGCGGGGGCGCGGGCGGCGCGUUCGGCCUGGGCCGCAAGGCGCACAUGCCGUUCCGCGAGUUUGUGCGCCGCGCGGCUGGUGGCGACGCCGGGCUGUACCUGUCGGCACAACCGGUGCCUGUCGGCCCCGACGGUCACAGGGAACUCGCAGCGCCGCCGGUGACGCAGCUGCUGUCGCUGCUGCCGCUGCAGCCGGACCUUUUGCCGCACCUCGUGCCCCAGUCCAUCAACAUGUGGAUGGGCGCGGCGCCCAGCGGGUCCUCCACCGGCCUGCACCACGACUUUCACGACAAUCUGUACGUCCUCCUCCGCGGCCGCAAGCGCUUCCGCCUCUACCCGCCCUCGGAGGUCGGCGCGAUGUACGUGCACGGGCAGGUGGCGCGGCGCCACGCCAACGGGCGGAUCGUGUACCAGGGGCAGGGGGACGUCGCCGCCGACGGGUCAGACAACGGCGAGGUAGCGAGAUGGCGCGCCCGCCGCGGCGCCGAGGCCGCCGUCUCCGAGGCCGAGGCCGCGGUCGCGGCCGGCGCCCGCGGCGCGGCGGCGCGGCUGGAAGCUGCAGAGGCGCGGCUGGAGGCGCUGCUCGACGGCGCACUUGAUGGCGGCGGCGGCGAUGACGUCAGCGACGACUUCGACGACGCGUUCGGGGACGACGACGCCGACGAGGACGGCGGCGAUGACGUGCGGGCGGGGGAGUGCCUGUACCUGCCGGCUGGGUGGUUUCACGAGGUGACGUCAUACAGCGAGCCCGGCUGCGCGACCCACCUGGCCCUCAAUUGGUGGUUCCACCCGCCAGACCGCCUGGCGCCCUCAGAGGCGGCCUUCGAGCGGCCCUACACCAGCGACUACUGGCCGACCCUCUGGCAGGCGCGAUUGGCGCGGCUGCGGGCUGCGGGGGCAGGCGGCGGCGACGGCGGCGGCGGCGGCGGCGGCGGCGGCGGGGCGGGGUCGGAGCGGCGGCGGGCGGGCGGCAGCGGGGAGUUGCGGGAGCGGCGAACCGGGGGCGUGCGGAAGCGCAGGGCGGGCGGCGCGUCGGCGCCGGCGCACGUGCGGUGGCCUGGCGGGCUGCACGAGCCGUCCAACCGCUACUACCGGGGCAACACGCACCCCGGGACGGCGAGCGGCACGGCGGCGGCGUGGCCGCCGCCGAGGCCGAAGGGAGAGCCGCCGGGCGGCGGCGGUGGCGGCGGCGGCGACAGUGGCGUUGGGGAUGAGGAGGAGCAUGAGCCUGAGGAUGCAGUGGCGGCUUACUUCAGGGCUAAUCCUGAUGCGGCCAGGGCCUUGUUUGCCCAGUUCCUAGCAUCCAAGUACGGGCCUGGCGGCGGGGGCACCGACGACAGGGGCGGGGCCCACGGCGCGCGGGGGCGCGCGUCGCCGCUAGCGGCGGGGCGGCGGCACCACGUCCCUGUGGCGUACCGCAUGCGGAAGCGCGUGCCAAAGCCGCAUCCCAACAUGGGGUGA